AUGGCUACCAACUUGCCCAAGGAUAUGCAGGCCGUGCACCUCGUGAAAUACAAGUCAGACUAUGAGGUGCGAAUAGCCCCUGUCCCGACGCUGGGGCCGAACGAUCUUCUGCUCCGCGUUCGCGCAGCUGGCUACUGCCAUACCGAUUACCAGGUAUGGGAAGGAGUAUACGAAUCACCGACACCCUUGAUCCCGUCCCAUGAGCCUGUUGGAGAGAUCGUGGCCAUUGGACCACAAGCAGAAAGGUUGGGAAUUUGGAGACUUGGCCAGAGAGUCGGUGUCCUCCUCUUCCGACAUGCAUGUGGCCAUUGCGUCAAUUGCAGAUCGACCAACGAUGUGCGUUUCUGCAAGAAUGGCGACAGAGCAGGGCUCGUCAACGAUGGUGGUAUGGCCGAGUAUAUCAUCGGAGAUGCAGACAACUGUGUCUUACUGCCAGAUGAAGUUUCUUGGGAACAGGCGGCGCCGCUGAUGUGCGCUGGAUCUACUACGUGGGCCAGUCUCAUGGCUGCCGAUGUCAAAAGCCCGGAGCCGAUUGGCAUCAUAGGCAUUGGCGGGCUUGGCACUCUCGCCGUACAAUUCGCUAAGGCUCUGGGACACCCAGUGGUGGCGAUGGACAACCGUCAAGAAGGACGAGAUCUUGCCACCGCCUUUGAUCUAAAGGCAGACCUAGUCGUUAAUCCUGGGAACGAUAAUGCAGUGAAGGAGAUCAAGGCUUGGUCCGGCAAAGAUGGCCUAGCCGCCGUCAUCACUUGCACCGAUCAUGUUGAUAUCACCAAAUGGAGUCUCAAUUUGCUGCGUCCGCAUGGAGUGGCAGUUCCCCUGGGACUCCCUCCUGCGGGAUUCGCCUUUGAUGCCUUCACUAUGAUCUUUAGUGAACUGGUUGUGAAAGGGUCUCUAGUGUCAACCAGGUUGCAAGCCGAAGCUAUGAUGGAGGUCGUUGCCCGCCACAACAUCCGGAGCCAUUUGACCGUACUGAAGAUGGAAGACGCACCACGUCUACCCAAGCUGUAUAUGGACCCUCAUCUCAAGGGCAGGCUGGUCAUGAAGAUGGGUUAG